CUCACGUACUUGUCAGACAAGGACGAUCAGUAUUUGUCUAUCGGUUUAUUAGUUUAUUUUCAUAAACCAAUAUUAAUUGGGAGUAAACUUAUUUGUAUGAAUUGAAUGGGUUGAGAACAGAAAUGAAGGUGCUAAUCGCGUUCGCAUUAUUCCUGGCUGCAGUUAUACCAUUGGAUGGAGAGAACAACGUCGUCAGCGGUGAUGAUAAAAAAUCAAGAAAGCAUUAUGGGUUGAGUUAUCAUAACAAAUGCAAAGAUUUUGUUAAAACUUUUACAUGCAUGACUUCAUGUAAAAGCAUUGGCUUCCAAGUAUUUAGGAUGGAUUUCAAAUGUAAAUGUUAUUGUCACGAGUUGAAGACUACGACAAUAUUACCUUUCUUUAAGUGGCGAACUAAUGGUACCACGAAGACCUGGGCAAAGACUCAUAGCCCGAGUUUAUACCACGUUGUUGGCACCCUGUCGCCUGCGACCUAUCCUGACUAUGGAGACCUGGAGGGUAAUGAUACAAUGGCUAACGACACGAGCACUGGUAACGACACGACGAGUGUCGCAGCAGGCGGCGAGAACAGCACGGAGGCGGCGGGCGGGGACAGCACAGGCGAGAUUGAUGGGGCCGGUGGCAACGGCACCGAUGGCACCGGUGCCGCUGCCACCGGUGGCGCAGCCGACGCAACAACCCUCGCAGCAUAAAUCCAAAGUUUAUUAUUGAAAGGAAAUAAAAUUAAAUAUUCCGAUCUUCUAAUGA